UAUUGUUUUCCGUGUUUGCUGUUUCAAAGUCCUGGCACCGAAACGUUGUGGACAACAACAGGGGUUCGCGAUUUAAAACAUCUUUCUGAAAAGUGCAAGCGGCAUGAAAGUAGCCGAAGCCAUCUUGACAACGCUAUGAGGCUCCAAAUUUUUGGGAAACUUAGCAUUGCCCAACAGCUAGAUGAAGGCUACAGGAUUGGCAUUAGAAGGCACAAUGAAGAGGUCACAAAAAAUAGACACAUCCUGUCUAGAAUAAUAGACUGUGUGAAAUUUUGUGGUGCGUUUGAGCUGGCUUUGCGUGGCCAUGAUGAGAGCGAGGGCUCGGAUAAUCCCGGGAUAUUCCGUGGCCUGGUCGAUUUUGUUGCUUCCCUUGAUGGAGUUCUGAAAGAGCACCUCGAGAAUGCCACUGUGUUUAAGGGAACUUCAAAGACCGUGCAGAACGAGCUGUUGGACUGUAUGUUGUCUGUUGUGAGGGAGCAAAUAAUCCAAGACGUACAGAGCAGCGACUUUCUCUCAAUCCAGGCCGACGAGACCACCGAUAUUGCCACACAGUGCCAACUUGUGCUUGUGCUGCGGUACAUUGACGCCAAAAGCAACGUGCAGGAGAGGUUUUUUGAGUUUAUUCCUCUGCGUUCAACUACAGCUGAUUCCAUCGCUACAGUACUAAAAGAACGUCUUGCUGUCAUCCUUCCUGAGGAUCAAAAGAGUAAACUCAUCUCCCAAACUUAUGAUGGAGCCAGCGUGAUGAGGGGUGCCACUGCAGGUGUUCAAAGGAAGAUGCAAGAUGUGUACCCAAAUGCCCAUUACAUCCACUGCUAUGCACACCAACUCAAUCUGAUAAUGCAACAGGCCACUUCUCACAUAUCCAAAGUGAGGAUUUUUUUUUCUGACCUUGGAGGAUUUUCCAGCUUUUUCUCAAGAUCACCCAAGCGCACAGAUGUCCUUGAUAAAGUAGUCGCACAUAGACUACCAACAUCAAGCAAUGUUAGAUGGAACUUCCACAGCCGUGCAAUCAAUACAGUGUUUGAGCACAGAGAGGACCUCAUCCGCUGUUUUCAAUCUAUUAGAGACUCAGGUGACUUUGACCCCGUUACCGUCAGAGAGGCAGGAGCCUUUGCCAUGCUGCUGGAGAAUCAGGAUUUCAAGUUUUUUUUGCAACUUUUCCACAAUAUCAUGCCACAUGUGGACCUCCUCUAUGCCAAACUCCAGAAGAAGGACAUAGAUUCAGUCCACAUCAGGGGGAGCAUCCAGCAGUUUCAGCAGGACAUACAGAAGAUCAGAAAUUCUCUCCAUUCUCUGGUUGACCAAUGCAGUGAAGGUGGUUCUCAACCUAAGAGGCGGCGGUCACUCAGUCCAGAGGUCCAUGAACGGAUUGCAGCAGAAGUCUGUGAUACCAUACUCCGACACACAUUGGAAAGGUUCUCCUUCACAGACCACCUCGUUAGUGCCACCUUGCUGCAAGCAGACAGGUUUGAGCAGUAUACAAUGGCAUUUCCUGAAGAUGCACUAAGCAGGACUCUGAAGGCCUAUCCAGUGCUCGACGGAAGUAAGCUGAAGACAGAGCUUAGUCUUAUCUACUGCAAGGAAGAGUUUAGAGCCUGUUGUGGUGCUUUGGACCUACUCCAGCUGUUUAUGGAGAACAAUCUUGAGGAAGUCUUUUCAGAGACUGUAACUCUCCUAAAGAUUCUUGUAACCACACCCAUGACCACAGCAGAAGCUGAGAGGUGCUUCUCAACCUUGAAAAGAAUUAAAACAUUUCUGAGAAAUAGCAUGACCCAAGAGAGGCUGAAUGCAUUGGCCAUGUUGUCAAUAGAGAAGAGACUGGUGACUGAGAUGACUGACUUUAACCAGAAGGUCAUUGAGAAAUUUGCAAGCCAGAAAGAAAGGAGAGCAAAAUUUGUUUUCAAGUAGUACUACUGGCCAGUGAUUAGGCAACAUUUCUGUGUGUGUGUUUGAUUAUAUUAAUUACUUCAUUACUGAUAAUAAACCCAAUUUGAACUAAAAUUCACUGAUUUGUGGUACAUUUAUUAGCAGUCGUA